AUGGCCACGAAGGACGCGCAGUCAGGCCACCGGCUCUCCCUGUCGCCGCCGCCCGGCCUCACCGACCCGAGCACGGAAACCUGCGUGCCGGGGAGCUGGGCUGGCCCGGCGGUCCCGGAGGGGCCACGCGGCUCUCGGAUUCCGCAGGAGCCUGGCCAGAGGCGCGGCCGGCCGGGCAGCCUGACCCCGCACACCGCAGACACCGGCGCCUCGAGCGGCUCCGGGGCUGCGCGCGAGGCCGUCGUUUCGAGGGAGGCCUUCCCGGGGCCCCGACCCCGGCCCCGCAGCCCGACCCCGGCCCCGCAGCCCCGACCCCGGCCCCGCAGCCCCGACCCCGGCCCCGCAGCCCCGACCCCGGCCCCGCAGCCCGACCCCGGCCCCGCGGCCCCGACUCCGGCCCCGCGGCCCCGACUCCGGCCCCGCGGCCCCGACCCCGGCCCCGCGGCCCCGACCCCGGCCCCGCGGCCCCGACCCCGGCCCCGCGGCCCCGACCCCGGCCCCGCGGCCCCGACCCCGGCCCCGCGGCCCCGACCCCGGCCCCGCGGCCCCGACCCCGGCCCCGCAGCCCGACCCCGGCCCCGCGGCCUCGGCCCCGCGGCCCCGACCCCCGCCCCGCGGAAGGCGGCUGCUCACGGGGCUCGCGGCCCGCAGACCCGGCCGCAGGGGACGCCGGACCCCGCGGCAGGACCGACGUCGCGGCGCACGGGAGGCUCCGCUCACCGGGGCCGAGGCCGCCCGCGCCCCCACGGCCCCCGGAGCCGCGCCUCGGGCGGGUCCCCGCGCUCCCGCUGCGGCCACGGGGGCGGGCGGGUCGCGGAGCCCCGCGCGGGGACACCCGGGGGCGGCUCUACCUCCGCGCGCCGCCUCCGCCCGCGUCUCCUCGCGCGGGUCCGCGGCCGGAACCGGAAGCUGCGCGCGCACCCGCCGCGUCCGGCGCCCGAGCGCGUCCCCCGGCGCCUGCGGCCCCUCGGAGGCGGGUUCCGGGCGCGGCCGGGCCGGGGGCUGCGGUGGGGUCGGCGGCCGCGUCCGCGCGAGGCCGUGUACAGCCCGACGGCCCAGGUCCCUCCGGCCUGCCCCCGCGUGCGGCGGAGCGGGGCUGACCCGGGCUGGCCGCGGCCGACCAGGCCGACCCGAGCUGCCCACUCGCCCGCGCGGACCGGCCGGCAGCGAACGCGGGCGCCCCGAGAGCGCGGGCUGCGACCUGACGGCCCCGCGGCGCGGACCCGGGCCAGAAGGCCGAGGGACUCCGUGCGCUCAGCGGCGGACCUUUGGCACGGACCUUCCCACCCGACGGCAGGCCCCAGGGAGCUCCCUCGCCCUCGGGCUGCGAGGACCCAGCCAGGCCGCGGACCCGGAGCCGUCCUCAGCCCGCGGGAGGCGGGCCUGGUCUCCGGCUUGCGGGGCUGUGGGUUCCCGCAGACGGCAGCCCGCGGGACGCCGCCUCCGCGCUUCCCAGCGCCCGGCCCGCGGAGGCCGGACUCAGAUCCCGGCAUCCGUCCGCUCCCACGCCUCGCGGGGACCCUGCGGACAGGUGGGAGCGCCCAUCCCGGGGGCAGGUGA